GAAGAAAUAUGUCGAAAUAGGAUUAUACGUUUACCUAUUACUAAUAAUGUCAAUAUAUACAUUCGAAUUAAAGCGAUCAAAGGUCGCAUCCAUUGGUAAAUUUAAUAACAAAGUCCAUGACGACUUGUUUUCCAUUGUUUGUAUUCUUGUUGAACCUGACAGGCGAGCCAUCAUCGUACCCUUCAACUUGACUUGUCUUUCAGCAGUAUACCCGUCUACCCACGGUGGCAAUCAUCCCGAACACAAUCCUUCAUUAAAAAGGAUAUUUCUUUGUAUUUUAUUGGAUUGCAGCUUCCUGGGGGUGCUUUCUAUUCAAAGAAUCAGGUGUUUUGAUUUGUUUGCUAGACCGUGGCACUCAACUAGGGAAUACACACGUAGGCACUCGUCCCUGGUCCGAUUGGUGGCAUUUGCGUGCCGGUAAGGCAAGGUGUCUUCACCUAACUCGGAAAACAUGGUUUUUGUUUCCUCGAACCUGCAGCUGAGGACCUUGUUUACUCGGAACUCUUCCCUUGUUCGUUCAUAUUUUGUUUGAUAAUCAUCAUUCGUUGGAAGAUUCCGGAGAAAAAAUACAGUAUUGUCCAGUUCUUGUCCUUGUGUCCGGUUUAACACCUUUUGCAUCUCCCAAGGAAAAAGUUUGAUGACCAUCCAUUUAAUCUGGUUCGGAGGAUCUCUGUUGAACAUUCCAUUCUUGUCUUAAAAACAUUUAGAUUAUCAAUGGCCUAUCGAUUUUAGAAUUCGCAAUGGUCCUCUGAGGUCCAAGGAAAUAUCGACAGGGAUUUAUCAGCUGAAAAUUGAAAGACUCCGCCUUGGAUUAAUGAUACAAGCAGUCUAUUCAGACCUCUGAGCGGGAACCCCUCACCUUCCGGCGGUGGUUGUGGGAAGUUCAAAUCAUCUACCAUGCCAAUCUCGUCCACCACAUCACCACCAAACACGGCUCGACUGCAAUAUCGCAUCAAACGAAGUCAACUUCGUCUCGUCCAAGCCGGUAAGAACGAACAGACGAGCGACUCGAAUUCUUCCCACGAUGUCAGUGUACGGAGCAGCAGGUUGGCGAUGUCGUCCGAUGCAUCGUCGGUUUCGAUCACGUGUUCAGGGAAACAGAGUUCGGUAGCUCAGCCGAGACUCCUGAGUAGGCGCUGGAGCCGGUGUGGAACCCCAGUGCCACGAGAGGAUCCUGAUCAAUUAUCCGACAAUGUAGACAAUGGCAACAUAGUCGACAACAACAAUGCGAAGGAAGAUACAUUGAACUCACGAUAUCGAGUUGAUAGCUUCGUGAACGAGCCUGGGGUCGAUCUCCUUCAUCAGAGGCUUCCCAGCAUCGAGCAGAGACCCGUUUCCCGACAUGUCGUCUACUCCGUCCAAUACGAUGUCAAGACCAAGACUUCAACCACCAAGCCAGUCACGGUUUCGUCCUCUUUUGAUUCGCCGCGUACAUUAAGGCAGAAAGCUCUGCAGAUGGACUUCAACCAAACCACAAGGUUGUCACGACCAGAUAAGGAAAUCAAUGUGGAAUUUGCGAGAAGGGCCACUUUUCCAAAUGAUGACUUCGUUGAUGAGUUGACAAAGAAUCGCAUAUUAACAUGGUUGGAGAAUGUUGAGACAGCUCUGGAAGAAGACUCUGUUGAUUCUACAAUCUUGACAUCUAUCCAGGAAGAAUCGCUCUAAUCUUUUACUUGCUGUCUUACCAAAAACAUUAUUGAAAUAUUAUUUGUUUGUGUUUUGCUAUUCUGUGUGUUUUACUCUAUAGAAUUUAAGAAGAAGAUAACUCCAAGAGUUACAUGCUAUAUUCGAUUAAUUGUUUUCCGUUUUGAAAAAAUGAAUUGUUCAGUGAAACGAUCGUCGACGUGAGAAACGCGAUUUAAGUCUUGCCUACAAUGCUGCUUAUGAUAACACAUUUCUGAUAGUUGUCUUUAUUAAACAUGACUUUGUAUUGAGUAUGGAAACUGUUUUUACGGACAUUGCUGUUCCACUUUAGGGGAUUUUAAAGAUAAACUUGAGUUCUGGUAAAAAAAGAAAGUGAAUUCUCACAGAAUCUAAUGAAACUUACACU